UGAAUCUGCUGUGACCAAUGAACGCGCCGCUGUUAGUGGCAACCGCAUCUGUCAAGCGUUUCUGGCCAAUAAACAGCAGAGCGAGGCGGAUCUCAGGUGCGCGCCUCUGCAUCCUCGCGGCUCUGGCGCGCUGGGGAGCCGCCUGUGGCACAGAGUAGCUGUCAAACGCGCGCUCGCGAACACUAUGGCGACCGCGGCGUCCAACCACUACAGCAUCCUCACGUCCAGCGCGUCCGUCGUCGCGCACUCGGAGCCCGGCAGCAUGCAGCAGACGCCGCCGGCCUACAGGGACGCGCAGAGUCUUUUGCAGAGCGAGUACACCACCCUGCAGAGCAGCGGGAGCACGCUCAGCCACGCGCACCAGUGGUUAACGGCGGCGCUGUCUCACGGGGGAGAGGGAUCGCCGUGGCCCGCCAGCCCGCUGGGCGAGCAGGACAUUAAGCCCACGCUGCAGGGCGAAGUGGAGGAGCUGCAGCAUUCGCCCAGUCUGACGCCCAGACAAGCGCAUCUGGUGCAGCCGAGCCCGCAUCACGACGCGAGCGCUUGGCGGGUGUCGACCACCGCUCAUUUGUCGAGCAUGACCACCUCAAAUGGACAGAGCAUGAUUUACUCUCAGCCCGGCUACGGCGAGCAAGGGAUGCACCAUCACGCCCUCAGGGAUGCGCACGAGGACCACCACAGCCCGCACCUAAGCGAGCACGGCCACCCGCAGAGUCUUCAUCAGGGACACCACGAACAUUCGGACGAGGACGCGCCGACCUCUGACGACUUGGAACAGUUUGCCAAGCAAUUCAAGCAGCGCCGGAUCAAACUGGGUUUUACGCAGGCGGACGUGGGGUUGGCUUUGGGCACGCUCUACGGUAACGUGUUCUCCCAGACCACCAUCUGCAGGUUCGAGGCGCUUCAGCUGAGCUUUAAGAACAUGUGCAAACUCAAGCCUUUGCUGAACAAAUGGCUGGAAGAGGCGGACUCCACCUCGGGUAGUCCGACCAGCCUGGAUAAAAUAGCCGCGCAGGGGAGGAAAAGGAAAAAGCGGACCUCCAUCGAGGUGAGUGUCAAGGGGGCCUUGGAGAGCCAUUUCCUCAAGUGUCCCAAACCCGGGGCGUCUGAAAUCACCUCUCUGGCGGACAGCCUACAGCUGGAGAAAGAGGUGGUACGGGUCUGGUUUUGUAAUCGGAGGCAGAAGGAGAAGAGGAUGACGCCGCAGAACGGACCGAUGCCCGGUAACGAGGAUGUUUAUGGGGACACCUCGCCUCACCACGGGACUCAGACACCUGUUCCCUGAAAAAAAGGGGAAGCCGCGCACUCAAACGGCGACCUGAACAGAAUCGACAGUCUCUUUGUCCUGGGCACAAGUCCGUUCACGGUGGACCGACGGUCAUGAUUUGUGUCUACGGCAGCUCGUAGGGAGCGCAGCGGGCAUUGUUGCCCGAACAAUACGCGGGCGCGAGAAACGCGCUCCGGCAAACUUAGGCGAUACGCUGCGGGGAAACCUAAAGAACGAAUGUUUUUAUUAGACGAAGUUUAUUUAAUUUAAAGUCCGGGGAUCUGUGAAAGAAUUUUAUCACUUCCAACCGAAAGCUGUGAAAAGGCGUCAGGGGCGCAAAUUCCCCAACGCCAUCUUCCCCUCAUAACCACAACGGUUUAAUACUGAUUGAAUUUAAUCCAGUGCAAUGCCUGCAGCUCAUUCUCUUCCAAAUAUAAAUGUCAAUUAAUUAUUUAUUAUUGUUAUUGUUAUUAUUAUUCAUACGUACAAGAGUAGCCCAUCACAGUUACAUUGAAAUAGCAAGAGAGAUUCUCUUAAAGUUGCUGCAUCAAAUUUUGCUUGCAACAAAGGCUGCCAAGUGCUGCUGUGCUGCACACAGAAAAACAACCCAAUUUCAUGCAGAUCACGGAUUCACACUGCUGGUGCAUAACAGAGCGUGCGUCCAAUACAAGGCCUGAGGAAACAUUAACAUCUCCAGUACUGCACUGUUUCCGAUUACAUUAGACGGAUUUGUUUGAGGAAAUGGAUAAAUAGCAGGAAAAGCCUUUAUAUUUACCAAUCCAGUUGGGUUGUCCUUCAAAAUUUUGUAAUUAAAUUUAUAACAAAAUAUUGGCAUUAUGAUUUCUACGCAGCCAAAUUGCGUUCGUGAUUUGAGACAACGGCUGUAAGGUUUUUUUGUGAAUGAUUUUAGGCUUUUCAAUUAGGCCUGCUCCUGAUUUAAUGUAGGAGGCACAUUUGAAAGAACUAAAACACAAUAUAAUUUAAAAUAUUUCAGAGAACAUACAAAAAGCAAAUCGUUUUUAUUGUAAUUUGACUAGAAACCAUGCAAAAAAUCAACGAACUAAUAACAAUAAUAAUUAUAAUAUCCACAGUGGAUAGUUUUUCUGUUCGGCUGCGUCUUUCAUAUUGGGUCUGUAUUAUUAUUAUUAUUAUUAUUGUAACACUGUGUUAACACGCAAAAGCCUCAACAUGUUUGAAACUGUUUGAUGUUUUGAUAUAUUUAAAUUGUUAUGCUUUUCUUACAAAACUUUCGUUUUUUGUGUGUCAGCAGUUGUGCGUAUUUUCUUUAAUGGUACAAUAUUACACCAGCUGUGUUGCUAUUAAUUUGAUGACCUGCAUCGAAAAAAAGGACACUGUGCGUAAAUGUUUUUUUUUAUUUUAAUUUUUCUAUGGCUUUGUGAAUACUUGUAUAUUUGUGCACCUAACCUGGUACUGCCAAAGCACAACCUGUCAGUGUGCCCUAUAUUGAGACCAUUAAUGUCGUUGGUUUUGACAGAAAAAAUUGCACAGUUUUUAAAAGACUUUUGUCAUUAAAGGAAUACAUUUUUCUAUGAAGAAGUGCAUCUCAUGAAUCUAUGCCCAGUGGUUAAUUUUAACGAGGAGGAAGAUACUGAAGAUAAAUGCCGCUCACAGUUUCACAGAUUAUGUGAACAUUAAGGCAAGUGGAAUAUAGCAUUGCCUUGGGAUGACGUGCAGUUGUAGAUCCUCUGCAGCACAUUACAAUUUCUUGCAAGGCAAAAUUUUGCCAUUUUACCCAUAAUGAUGACAGAUGAGACGGUUCAGAAUUGUGCUCGAAAAAAUAUAUUGUAGUCUUUUGUGAACAAUUUGUAGAUUUGCAUGGUAUUG